GACACAGUAAUUAACAUAUUGGGUCUUAGAGAUCUAAAAACGAUUAGUUUACAUUCAACUUUGGCAGAAUUAGGUAUGGAUUCAAUGAUGGCUGUAGAAAUUAAACAAACAUUAGAAAGACAAUUUGAAGUAUUUUUAACGCCUCAAGACAUACGAAGUAUGACAUUUGCAAAAUUGCAAGAGAUUGGUGCUUCAGAUGAUAAAGAGAAGAAAAAUGACUCUAAUGAACCUAAGUCAGUUAAUGAUCUAUCUGACGUAGGAUUAAAAUAUCUAAUACGAGCUGUAGGUGAUGAAAAAUCUGCAUAUUACCCAGUUGUGCGCAUACCAUCCUUAUAUGAAGAUGGUUCUACAGUAGAAGAACCACUUACAAAUCAUUGUACAAUAUUUGUCAUACCGGGUCUUGAAGGUAUUGCUUCAAUGAUGGAACCAUUAUCAAAAAAUUUAAACAUGCAAGUCUUAUGUUUACAAUAUGAUAUUUCUGGUGUAGCAUCAACAAUUGAAGAAAUGGCAAUUAAUCAUUAUCAAGUAAGUUUAUAUUUGAAUUGUUAUAACAUCACUUACUAAAAUAAAUUUAAUCGUAGUUAAUUGAACAACGGUUGCCAGCUGAUCAAGAGUAUUUCAUUUUGGGCUAUUCUUUUGGUGGACUUAUUGCUCUUGAAGUUGUAAAAUUAUUGGAAAAAAAUAAUCGUAAAGGUAAAUUGUGGUUAAUAGAUAGUGCUCCACAAUUUUUGAGGGUAACUACUGAAUUAUCAGUUAGUGGGGAAAACCCACUAGAUGAUGAAAUUCAAAUACAACUAUUAAAGAGGUUCUUUGACUUAGUUUGGCCUCAAAAUAAAGAUAAGGUAAGUUUACAGUACCUAUUUUUUAGUUUUAUUAAGACAUUAUUUACAAUUUGUUUCCUAUGUUUCGAUUUAGUUAUUAAUGGAAUUUGGUAAUAUUAAUUCAUGGGAUGAACGUUUGAAUUAUUUUGUUGAAAAAGUCCCAGAUGAUGUAAAUUACAGUAAAUCUUAUCAAAAACAAUUAUUUAAUAGUGCGUAUAUAAAAUUAAAAGCAAUUAUCAAUUAUGACGAAACUCCCACUGUUAUUUUAAAAACUCCUACUUUGUUGAUACGCCCUACUGAACAAGUUCUACCAAUAACUGAGGAUUAUGGACUUUCAAAGGUAAUUUUAUUUAAAAUUUAUUUUGAUGUAUUAAGUUAUAACAUAAUUGUUAUUUUUUGUCAUUAGUAUUUUGAAUCCUCUGUCAUGGUACACUUUGUUGAAGGAAAUCAUUACACAAUAUUAGAAAACAAAAAAAUUGGAGAACUAAUUGGUCAAUCUAUAGCAGCAAACUAGUAAUAAAUAAUUAUUAUUUGAGUAUUUGAAUAAUUUAUUCAAUCAAUAUAUUUAUUUUAAAUAAUAAAAAUGAUUUAAUUUCUUCUUAUUAUAUUAUUCUCAAAAAGUUAUAGUAUCCAAUAUUAUAUAAUUACAAUUUUGUUUACAUCAAAGAAUUUGAUAGGUAUUUACCUAUUUCAAUUAUUAGUGAAUCUGAGGAGCUAUUCAUUUUUAUAGUAGGUAGUUAUUGAUCAUUUUUCUAAUACUCUUAAGAAAAUUAUUUGCAUGAGCAUAUAUUUCUUAUACUCGUAUUUUAAUAACCAUUUAGAAUCGUACAAAUAAUUUCAUUUUUUAUACAUUCAAUACUUGUAAGAAUGUAUUGUUUAAAGUAAAAAAUUUACAAUGAAAAAAGGAUUAAUAAUAUUUUAUAGAAAUAAAAAAAGUAACCACUAUUUUAAAUUAUUAAUAUAUUUUAUUUCUUAAUUAUCUACUUGAUUGUUUUUCAAUUUUAACAUUUUCCCCUAAAAAAUGUUUUCCACAAAAUUAUAAUAUUCUCUAAAUUAUUUAUAAUAUUUCGUUUAUAAUUUAACUUAUGAUGUUAUAUACUUUCUCCAGGUUUGGUUGUUUACAAAUAUUACUAAAUUAAUUAAUAAUUACUAUUAUAUAUUAUACUCCAAAAUUAUUGUUGUUUAAAACACUAAGAAUACAUAAAUUAAUAUAGAGAGCCUAUAUAUUACUAUAUACCUAGGCUCUCCAAUAAAUAUAUUACACUUGCACACAAUAAUUAUAACUAUUUUUGUAUUAUACAUAGUAUAUACUAUAAUCUAUAAUCUAUACUAUAACCUAACCUAUACCUACUUGUUAGUUAUUUUAUUGUGUAUCAAGUAGGUACCUAUAUUUUGUUUUUCUUACCACCCAGGGUAUACUGCAUUUCUUACUCACAGACAUAUAGCCAACAUUUAAGUAUGAAAUAGAUGCUUACAAUUAUUUAAGGAAUAAUUUGGUUCAUCAUUAUAAAAUAUUUGUAAAUCGGUAAUUGUAUUUAUUUUUAACAAUAAUCUAUAAACAAAAGAUUUGAAACUGAGGAUGGGUGUACCAAUGUUGUAGGUGAGAAAUUGAGAAGGUAGGAUAUAAAGGGGAAUUUGAUAUAUAUCUGUAGUCAACAAUGAAUUAUUACUAAGGAAAAACGAUUUUGAGCAGAGUUUGGUAAUACAUGUUUUGAAAGGCCAUAAUAUUUAAGAUUUUUCGUCCAAGUUUGACAUUAAAAUUAUUAUAAAAAACAAAAAUUCUACAUAGCGCACAUUUUUAUUUUUUAUCACGAACUACAACUUGUAAUGUUAAAUAUAGGUACAAGCAUUUCUGUUUGAUUUAACAAUUUUAUCAACAGAGUACCUACUGAAUACAAAUUACUUAA